AUGGCGUCUUCUACGGGCACCAAGAAGAUCAAGGUCAAGAACCCCGUGGUGGAGCUGGACGGCGAUGAGAUGACGAGGAUCAUCUGGCAGGAGAUCAAGGACAGGUUCAUCCACCCCUACCUCGACAUCGACCUCAAGUACUACGACCUCGGCCUGCCGUACCGCGACGAGACGGAGGACCAGGUGACACACGAUGCGGCCGAGGCGAUCAAGAAGUACUCGGUCGGCGUCAAGUGCGCGACCAUCACCCCGGACGAGGCGCGAGUGGAGGAGUUCAAGCUCAAGAAGAUGUGGCUAUCUCCAAACGGCACCAUCCGAAACCACCUAGGAGGAACCGUCUUCCGCGCCCCAAUCGUCAUUCCCCGCAUCCCGCGUCUCGUACCCGGCUGGAAACAGCCCAUCAUCAUCGGCCGUCACGCAUUCGGCGACCAAUACCGCGCAAAGGACCGCGUCAUCGACUGCGAGGGCACACUAGACAUGGUCUUCACGCCCAAGGGCGGAAAGCCCGAGGUUAUCACUGUCUUUAACUUCCCUCCAGGCGGUGGUGUCGCGCAGACCCAGUACAACACCUCUGAGUCCAUCGCCGGAUUCGCGCAAGCGUCGUUCAAGCUCGCACUGGACAGGAAGCUCCCGCUGUACAUGAGCACGAAGAACACCAUCCUAAAGGCGUAUGACGGACGAUUCAAGGAUAUCUUCCAGGAAAUCUACGACAAGCAGUACAAGAAGGACUUCGAGGCAGCUGGUAUCUGGUAUGAGCACCGCUUGAUUGACGACAUGGUCGCCCAGAUGAUGAAGAGCGAGGGCGGUUUCAUCAUUGCUAUGAAGAACUACGACGGUGACGUCCAAUCCGACAUCGUGGCCCAAGGCUUCGGCUCCCUCGGCCUCAUGACCUCCGUCCUCAUCACGCCCGACGGCAAGACCUUUGAAUCCGAAGCCGCACACGGCACCGUGACCCGCCACUUCCGCGAGCACCAGAAGGGCCGGGAAACCUCGACCAACCCCAUCGCCUCCAUCUUCGCGUGGACGCAGGGCCUGGCGAAGCGCGGCGAGCUGGACGGUACCCCAGAAUUGGUAGUAUUUGCAGAGCAGCUCGAGAAGGCGUGCGUGGAUACGGUGGAUAUCGAUGGCAUCAUGACAAAGGAUCUGGCGCUGGCGUGUGGGAAGAAGGAUAGGAGUGCUUGGGUGGUGACGAAUGAUUAUUUGGCGGCGGUAGAGAGGAGGUUGAAGGCCAGUCUGAAGGAGAAGCUAUAA